AAGACUUAGUGCGAUUGGCACUUUUAGCAAAGAACGCCAUUGAUACGUAUCGUAGCAAAUUUGUCCUGUCGUUUCUUGUCGUUGGACAUCACGCAACAUUCUACUUGACUGAUGGUACAAGGAAUGGCUUCUAUCCAAUGGUCGAAAUUGCCCAUAUUCAAUUGCCAAUGUCUUUGAAAGAACUUCCACUUUUCAUCGCACAAGCCGACCAAUUGACAAUCGUUUCCUCCGCCUUCUGGAGCUUGUGUGUCGACCAGAAAACGGAUCAACAAUCAUCACUUAUGCCAACCCUUUCCGACAAUGAAAUAGCAACAAUUAUGGAUAUCCGCACCAACCGCAAAAGAAAAGCAAGUACCAGUCACCACAAUCAUUGAUACCUCCCAUCCUACUUGACUCCUAUACAUUUUUAUUAAAACAACUAGUAAAGUAUACUACUCAAAUGAGUCCUUUUUCGUUUCACGAUAUUUG